UGAGGAUUUGGGUACAGAAUAGGGUCUUCAGGACUGAUGGAAGUUGUUGAUCAAGUCAAUAAGUUUGAGCAUAUGAACUCUAUAGCUUUUAGGCUGCUUCAUUUUGCUAAUCACGGUUUAGGGAGCAGCAGGAUGAAAAUAGAUUCUCAAACCAUGCUCCUCCUGCAGAACUGCAAUGAAUAUAGUUAUGGGAUCUGACCUGACCUCAAGACCUCAAGACCAAGUUUGGUAGGAAUAUGUAUCUUUGGGCUCUGCGUUACAUGAACUGUUAAAGAGUAACGGGCCCAAUUCGGCCAUAAUCGUGUUAUAUAUGAGGAAAUAUUAGUUAGUUGUCGAUCGCCGCAUGUUAUUAUAUAACUUCUAUUACAGUAUGCCGUGUCAGUCAUCAAAACUUCGAUUAUGAGCAUAGUUCUAGAUGUGAAUAGUCGAGUGACGGUUGUAAACUGACUAAUAAUUUCCCGAUUUGAAAAGGAGGUUAUUCUCCAAAGUCGAAGCGCACCCGGGCGGGUUAAGGCCACGCUCCUAGUCAUAGGAACUCCUUUAUGGAAGUGUCGUGAGAUAUUGAAAGCAGCAGAGGACUGGAGCGUGUCUCUCUCCUCACCUUUCCCACUCCUCUCUUUUCUAUCUUAAUUCUCCAUUGCCACCCACUUCCUGUCUCUGCUGAAUUGUCCUCCCCACCGAUUCUCAAUGGCUAUGCUUUUCAGUGCAUCUGCCCGCUCGCAUUCCCUUCUCCCAACCCCCCAUUCUUCACUCCUCCACAGGCCGAAGCCUUCCUCCCGAGUCCCGCUGCUGUCCACGGGAGCAAAGUCAAGAGACAAUGGAGCUUGCCCAGGCAAGGUUUCGGCCCGGAAAAGGGACUUGUGCGAAGCUGUGGACGAGACAGAAAUGGCGGGAGCUGAAGAAACAGGGGAGCUCACUGAGAGUGAGACUCUGCUGUACUCGUUCACUCCUCUGCCUCUUCUCCUCUUCGCUGCUCUUCCUGGAGCUGGGGCUGUGAGAUCUGUGUUCGGGCCGUUUGUUGAGCUUGUCAAAUCGUGGAAUCUUCCCGAUUGGCUAGUGCACUGGGGUCACCCCGGAAACAUGGCUGUUGUGCUCUUCGCCAUGGGAGGAUAUGGGACGUAUCUGGGUUUCCGCAUCAAAUACUCGGAUGACGUGGAGGAGAAGGCCAAGGCGAAGGACUUGCACCCGAAGCUUCUCGGCGGGAUGUUCUUCUUCUUUGCUCUCGGGGCGACUGGUGGAAUAACAUCUCUUCUCACCUCUGACAAACCUAUAUUCGAGAGUCCUCAUGCUGUCACGGGAUUUAUCGGUCUCUCACUCUUGACUAUACAGACCAUUCUGCCUACACUAUUCGAAGGCAACCCGGGACUUAGGAAUGUUCAUGGGAUACUGGGCAGUGGAAUCAUGACGCUUUUUCUCAUCCAUGCUGCCUUCGGACUUCAACUCGGCCUCAGUUACUGAUCUCAAUGAUUUCCUGUGUUCAUUUGAAGCAGGACUUGGUCGAGCAGUAACAGUCAAUAGAAGAUAAAAUUUUGAUCUCAUCAUCUUUCAGUAGAAUCGAAACAAGAGAACAUAUAUAUAGAGAGAACAUUUUCCAUUGCUGAA